UGCUGCGGACGGGGACGGUGCGGUGCAGCGCUGUGCGGGUGGUGGGGGCGGCCCCUCCGCACCGCUCCGCUCCGCACCGCUCCAUCCCCGGCCCCGGGGGGCGGAGGGGCGGAUGAUGCGGGAGCGAUGAGCGCGCUGCGGGGCUGGGGGUGGCUGCUGGCCGCGCUGCUGUCGCUGACCCCGAGAGCAGGCCCCACAGGUGCCACCCCACAGACCAGCACCCCGCAGCAGAGGCUCCCGCAGCCCGGCUGGCUGGAGGGACAGGCACUGGCCGAGGUCACCCACCCCAGCAGGUUGGUGGGACGCAGCGCAGGUGGAGAGGUCCUGAAGCAUCAGCUGGACACCAGGGUCCGGAAUGAGUCUGGAGCGGGAGGCGGCCCCGGGGUGCAUCUGGCGCGGGUCAGCUUCAUGGUGCGUGCCUUUGGCUCUGCCUUCAUCCUGGACCUGGAGCUCAACCACCACCUCCUCGCCUCUCACUAUGUGGAGCGGCACCUCGGUGUCGGACAGAACAGCAGCAGCACGGGCACAGGCGAGCACUGCUACUACCAGGGCCGGGUUCGGGGGUGGCCCCGCUCCUUUGCAGCGCUCUCCAGCUGCCGGGGGCUGCACGGGGUCUUCUCAGAUGGACGGGAUAUAUUUCUGAUUGAGCCCCAAGCAGGCACCGAGCACGCAGAGGGUCUUCAGCCACAUCUCAUCCAGCGCACCCCAAGCUGUGCCUUGCCAGGCUGCAUGCUGGGUGCCGUGGGGCAAUCUGGCUCAGGCAGCUCGGCCAGGCUGCGGCGGCGGCGGAGGCAGGUGCGUCGAGCGCAGCACACAGUGCACAGUGAGACCAAGUACAUCGAGCUGGCCGUGGUGAACGACCAUCAGCUGUUCCUACAGCUCCGCAGAUCCGUGGUGCUCACCAGCAACUUCGCCAAGUCUGUGGUCAACCUGGCUGACAUGAUCUACAAGGAGCAGCUCAACACCCGCAUCGUGCUGGUGGCCAUGGAGACGUGGGCUGCAGGGGACCGCAUCCGCAUGGAGGAGGACUCCAUGGGGACACUCAACGAGUUCAUGCGGCACCGGCGCGAGGAGCACAGCGACGCCAUCCACCUCUUCUCGGGACGCACCUUCCAGAGCAGCCGCAGCGGUACCGCCUUCGUUGGGGGUAUCUGCUCAGCCGGGCGCGCUGGUGGGGUCAACGAGUAUGGCAACAUGGCGGCCAUGGCGGUGACACUGGCGCAGACGUUGGGGCAGAAUGUGGGCAUGAUGUGGAACAAGCACCGCGCAUCAGCAGGGGACUGCCGCUGCCCCGAUGCUUGGCUGGGCUGCAUCAUGGAGGACACGGGGUACUACCUCCCACGGAAGUUCUCCCGCUGCAGCAUUGAUGAGUACAACCAAUUCCUGCAGGACGGCGGUGGCAGCUGCCUCUUCAACAAACCCCUCAAGCUCCUGGACCCACCAGAGUGCGGCAAUGGGUUUGUGGAGGCAGGAGAGGAGUGCGACUGUGGAUCGCAGACGGAGUGUGCCAGGAGCGGAGGGAACUGCUGCAAGAAGUGCACGCUGACACACGACGCCAUGUGCAGCGACGGGCUGUGCUGUAAGGGAUGCAAGUAUGAACCACGUGGUGUGUCCUGCCGGGAGGCGGUGAAUGAGUGUGACAUCCCUGAGACCUGCACUGGGGACUCCAGCCAGUGUCCCCCCAACCUCCACAAACUGGACGGGUACUUCUGUGAUAAGGAGCAGGGCCGCUGCUACGGCGGGCGCUGUAAAACCCGGGACCGGCAGUGCAACGCGUUGUGGGGCCGCGGCUCUGCGGAGCGCUUCUGCUACGAGAAGCUCAACGUGGAGGGCACCGAGAGGGGCAACUGCGGGCGCGAGGGCGCGGGGUGGACGCAGUGCAACAAGCAGGACGUGCUGUGCGGGUUCCUGCUGUGCGCCAACAUCUCGGGGACGCCGCGGCUGGGCGAGCUGAGCGGGGAGGUGGCCACCACGACUUUCUUCCAUCAGAACCGCUACGUGGACUGCAGGGGCGGCCACGUGCAGCUGGCGGAUGGCUCAGAGCUGAGCUACGUGGAGGACGGCACGCCGUGCGGCCCUGCCAUGCUGUGCCUCGACCACAAAUGCCUUCCGGUCACCGCCUUCAAUUUCAGCUCCUGCCCCGGCAGCGGGGAUGGGAAGAUCUGCUUUGAGCACGGGGUGUGCAGCAAUGAGGGGAAGUGCAUCUGUCAGCCCGAGUGGACGGGGAAGGACUGCAGCGUCUACGACCCCAUUCCUGAACCCAAACCCACGGGGGAGACGGAGCGCUACAAGGGUCCCAGUGGCACCAACAUCAUCAUUGGGUCCAUAGCGGGAGCCGUGCUGGUGGCUGCCAUUGUCCUUGGUGGCACGGGAUGGGGAUUCAAGAACAUCCGCCGCGGAAGGUACGACCCGGCGCAGCAGGGAGUGUAACCCCCCACCCCGUCGUCUCCUCGUCACCAUCACCGUCCGGCGGCAGCGGUGACCCCCCCGGGCCGGAACCGCCGCCCGUCUGUCCGUGUCACUGUCUGUCCGGCUGCCCCCGUGCUGUCUCCAUCUCUGUGCCCACCCCAAAGAGCCCAGUGGGGCGGGGGGGGGCUCUUUGGGGCUUGGUGUCCCCCGUGUCCCCCCAUCCCAUACCUCGUGUCACCCCCCUGCACUAAAGCGCUCCUCACUUCUGUG